UUCACAGCUAGCUGGACGCGUCGAGUAGCAACCGAUUCUUUGCAGGGAAAGGAGAGAUCGGCAGACACGUUCCCCGCCAAGCCUGCCGCCACCGCUCUCGACCUCUCCUCUAUCCUCAGACUUCGGAGUUGCUCCGACGCUAAAUAAACCAAUCCCUACUGCUUGGAGUCUCCAGCACCCCAUUGAAGCUUCAAACUUCACCUACACAGUAUGCUGUUCAAGAGCGUGCUUCCCGCGGUGGUUGCGCUGCUCCCCGCCCUCGCCUCCGCCUCCGCCGUACAGGACCUCACGCCGUCGAAUUUCGACAAGGUCGUACUGAAAUCGGGCAAGCCGGCUCUCGUCGAGUUCUUUGCGCCCUGGUGCGGACAUUGCAAGAACCUCGCCCCCACAUACGAAGAGCUCGCGACGAAUUUCCAGCACGCAGCCGACAAGGUCAUCAUCGCCAAAGUCGAUGCGGAUAACCACAAGGAUUUGGGCAAGAAGUACGAUGUAAAAGGCUUCCCGACGUUGAAGUGGUUCGACGGAAAGAGUAAGACUCCGGUGGAGUAUGAGGGAGGACGCGAUUUGGAGAGCUUGCAGAAGUGGAUCACAGACAAGACGGGAAUACGGCCGAAGGUCAAGGGCAAGCUUCCUAGCCGUGUGGUGAUGCUCGAUGACAAGAGCUUCAAGGAGAAGGUUGGUAAGGAGCAGGACGUGCUUGUCGCAUUCACUGCGCCUUGGUGCGGACACUGCAAGAACCUCGCUCCUACAUGGGAGACUCUCGCCAACGACUUCGCGACCGAGCCCGGCGUUCUCAUUGCCAAAGUCGAUGCCGAAGCCGAGAACAGCAAGGCCAUCGCCAAGGAAUUCGGCAUUCAAUCCUACCCGACGAUCAAGUACUUCAAGAAGGGCUCCCUUGAGCCGCUCCCCUACGAAGGCGCUCGCGCCGAGAAGGACUUUGUCCAGUUCAUCAACACGAACGCUGGCACACACCGCGCUGUCGGCGGAGGCCUUGACGCGACUGGCGGUACUAUCGAAGUCCUCGAUGCUAUUGUUUCUAAGUUCCAAAACGCCUACGCGGAUGGAGUAGACGAGAUCAAGAAGGCAGCCGAGGGUAUCCAGGACAAGUAUGCACAGUACUAUGUCAAGGCGUUCCAGAAGAUUAGUGCGAACAAGGAGUAUGCGGAGAAGGAGCUGAAGCGUCUCGAGGGCCUGAUCAGUAAGGGGAAUCUUGCCCAGGAGAAGCUGGAUGACUUGACCAGCAGGAGCAAUAUUCUGAGAAAGUUUAUUGCUCAGAAGGAGGAGGAAGAGAAGAGCGAGUUGUAGACCUGCUUUGACGAUGGUCUCGAUUGAGGCUCAGUGAUUCGAAUGCAUAUUUGAGCGUGCUUGAGGAUCGAAACAGUGACGAUGAGCCCCUGGGGCUUUUGGACAAACCUUUUUGUAUCAAUAACGAGAAAUGCAUUAUAACAUGAUUGCAUGC